AUGGACCACCUCGAUUCGGACCUUCGUAGUGAGGAUCAGCGUCCUCGGAAACGCAGCUCAGUCUCCACGAUCUCUGGCCAUCGCGGAAAGGUGCGAAAGCGAUCCAGUCUCGCCUGCGACACCUGCCGAUCGCGGAGGACCAAAUGCGAUGGACAGAGACCGCGAUGCCACUAUUGCCGAACACAUGCCGUCGAGUGCUGCUACCAAGAGCCCCCUCAACCGCCAGCAAGCAAGGUGGAGUUGGAACUGGCCGCGGUGAACAAGCGUCUGGACCAUCUCACCCACCUGUUGACUUCAUCCCAGAAGAAUUCUCCUCCGUACAUCGACGACGAUCAUGAUGGCCCCACCGACGACAGACUCCGGCAUGUGAGUCCCAAACUGCGCUCUCAGCAAGGAUCACCAUUCAAGUUGCUCGGAACUUCAUCUGUCCUGCGGACCCUAGGCCUGGACCCCGAUUUUGGACAUACUCUGAUUCGGAUGGAAAGGACUGCGUUCGAUGCGAGCAGUCGAGGCUACGGGGCCUCGCGGAUGCUCAUGAUGCAUCACCAGAAAGCAGCGGGUGCACUCGCGGUCUUCUUGGAGAAAAUCCACAGCUGGUACCCCAUUCUCCCACUCGCCUUCUCAGAGCAAUACUUCCACAUCCUGUCGGGAACGUUAGCCCCAUCCACUGAAUCGUGCCUCGCCCUGCUGGUGGCCGCUGUGGGUUGCGUAGUUCAGGAUGAGGAGAUGAGGAGCAGCGGUGACCUCCACGAGCGGUCGGAUUUGGUAUUCUUUGAGGCUGCCCUCGCGUCCCUGCCGAUUGUCAUCUCGGAAUGCAGUUUGGUCAGCGUGCAGUGCGCGCUCCUGUUCGGCAUAUACUACUGUAGCCUGAUGAAGCCGUGCCAGGCGCAUGACUACAGCUUAAUUGCUUCCUUCAAGAUCCAGAACUUGUUGAAAAGUUUCCACGAUAUCAUAAGUAAAGACCCGGAGAAGUCGGAGCUCACCAAUCGGGCGUACUGGGCAGCUCUGCUACUCGAGAAUGAGCUCAGUGUUCAGCUGGAUAUAGCAAAAAGCGAUCUCUGGAAAUACGACGAAUACAUCCCUCUUCCAGACUGCAGGCGAACUUGGCAAUUUGCCGUCCCCGGACCAGAAUCUGGGCCUCAAGCAGCCUCUCCAACUACAGUCGCUUCACCCGGAAGUAUCGGCGCUGAGACGUCCGAAUCGUACUUCCUGGCUGAGAUUGCCAUGCGACGCAUGCUGCACCGUUGCAAUACGGCCACCCGGCAGACUUCCGACGGCAGGCACGUUUACGCACCGGGAAUAGCGCUAGAGCUCGAACACCAGCUGGAAAGCUGGUACGACUAUCUCCCGGAGAUCAUUCGGUUCAACAGGAUAGAACACCAUCCUCUAUCUCCGGGAGCUGCUUCUGGUGGUCCGCAGCAAUGCCCUCUUACGACCUUCCUCCGCGUGCAAUAUCAUUGCUGCAAAUUGUCCAUCUACUGGCCUGCAAUAUACCAGGCGAUUCUGGACGGAGCGGCGAGUGAUCAACUGCUGGACCACUGCAAGCGUUUCUUCGAUUCGUACAUUCAGCUCAUGCAUAGCAUUGUUUCGGCAUUCCAGGUCUGCAUUGUGAAUCGGUGGACUUUGUUCGUCAGGUAA